AUGUUCUACGCACAGCUGCUUAUGAACAAGCGUGGGCCUUUGUCUAAAAUAUGGUUGGCUGCUCAUUGGGACAAGAAAGUCACAAAAGCUCAUAUAUUUGAAUGCAAUUUAGAGAAAACUGUUGAAAAGAUACUUUCCCCCAACUUUAUAAUUGCCCUGCGUACCUCAGGACACCUGCUCCUGGGAGUGGUGCGAAUCUAUCACAGAAAAGCCAAGUAUCUUUUGUCAGACUGCACUGAAGCUCUACUUAAAAUGCAGUUAUCCUUUCGUCCAGGGCUUGUUGAUCUCCCAAAAGGGAGCUCUGAGGCUAAAUAUGAUACCAUUACGUUGCCUGAAGAAUUUCAUGAGUUUGACACACAGCUUCCAGAGGUGAAUGCCAUUGAUGUCGCUCAGCAUUUCACACUGAACCAGAGCAGAGCUGAAGACAUUACUUUGCUAGAAGAGGAUUACAGACGGGAUAUACUUUUUCAAGGUGACAGUUUGGGUGAGGAAACUGAAAUACCCAGACAGCAUAGUGACAGUUUACAAGCUAGUUUCUGCGGUCUCUUGACUGAUCAUGAUUCUUUGAAUCUCACUGGAGAUAAAACUGCAUUGGAUGAAAGUGCCUAUUCCUUAAUACAUGAUGGCUUUGGAGAUGAAGGAUUUGCUGGAGACAUGAUUGAUGAUGUGCUAGGAUCUGAGAAUGCCCUCAUUAUAGACAUGGAGGAAAAAAUUCCUGUACCCGAAGAGCUUCCUGAUGAUGGCCAAGUAGAUUACCCUGGAUCUAAGCAGGAAGCAAAAAGUCGUCAAAUGAUUGAAACUAUAUUAUUGCCCAGUGAAGAACAAGGAUUUAUACUUGAACCAAUUGAUAACACAGUCCUCAAAAGGAAGCAAAGUACAAAAAGGAAGUUAAUUGUUGAUGCUGUGAAGGAGCUGAGCAAAUCAACUAUACAGAAGCAGCUGGAUAACUACAAGGACACUAUGACCACAUUGGAUAUUGCACCCCCCACAAGAAGGCUGAUGAUUUUGCAGGAGCUGGGUAGUGUGGAUAAGCUUUUCAACAGACCUACACAGCCUUUGAUGAAUGAGGACCUGCAACAGCUAUUUGCUAAAAGCCUCAGAAAUGGAAGAAAAAGGAUGCAGCAAAAGCAUCAAGCACAGGGCAAAAACCAAGAACAAGGUCUUCAAGAGUUGCCUGUCAUAGAAAGUCAAAGCCAUUCUGCGCUUCAGUCUGAGCUUUUGGACGAAGACGAAAAGGAUAACAGUAAAACUGCUGAAACUAUGGAAACUGUCGAUGUGCUAUCUGCUUUGUUGGACGGUUCUUUAGUUGACUCCUCAGGAAGAGAACAAGAAGGAGAGAAGGAGCAAAUGGAGGUAGAAAAUCUCCCCAUGCUGCAUGGCAUCUUCUUGCCCUUGACCCUUAUCACUGGCCUGGAGGAACUUCACGAGAGCAGUCUAGAUUGUGAAGAAAAGAGGAGGAAUAAGAGAACUUUAGCAUUAUUAAAUACUUUUCGGCUCAGCAACCAGACAGGAGCAAAGUCUGUCAGUUUUCUGACCCUCUGUAUCGACAAGAACCAUGAAGAAGUUGCAACUAUGUUCUACAGCUUGCUUGUUCUCAAGAAACAAUUGGCUGUCGAAGUGGCUCAAGCUGCUCCCUAUGCUGACAUUAUUGUGACAGCAGGUCCAAAGUUCCAUGCAACCUGA